UUUCUACCAGGUUUUAUUCCACAAUACUACGGCUACUCAUAGACCUCGAGUCUCGUUUGUACUAGCACUGGUAGUAGCUCAGUCAGCGAACAGCAAAAAAAAAAUUGCCCCGCCAUCUUCACCACCACUGCGCUACGUACUGCCCAGCUUGACCAGCCCACGCCACCCGUUUUCUUUCUCCUUCAACAACCUCUGUUCGCACCACCAUCAUGGAUCCGACACUUCUCAUAGGAGAUAUUGUAGAGCGUGACAGCUCUGCCAAGAAGCCGGUGGAACCGCCGUCAUCCUCUACAAGCACUACGGGACAACCAGCACAUCGCAAGCGAUGGACACAAUCUGCGUUCAAGCAGCGCCAGGCUGCAAAGGCCGCCGGCUUGGACCCUUCAACGAUACCGAACCCUUCCUCCAAAUCAAACAAUCAAAGUGCUGCAGAAUCUACACCACAGAGCUUCGAGAAUCUGGAUAAGCAACGCAUCGAUCGAGAAAACAAGCAAAAGAUUGACUCCAUGACGCCGCAAGAGAUCGCCAAGGCGCAAGAGGAGUUGCUGAGCGGCUUGAAUCCUGCAUUGGUUCAAAGGCUUCUUGCAAGAGCCAAUAUCGACGAACAACUUGAGCCAUCGCCUUUUGAUCUGUUGCCUGAAAUCCAACCUACCACCCAACCGUCGCCUACGAUUCAAGUGACAGAUACGACCAAAGAGGCAGUAGAGCACAAGGAUGAAGUUGCCAAACCAACUGAGCCAAAGCCAGCGCCCGUACCAGCCUCAAAGCCAACACAGAGCAAAAAGAUUGCUGAUAAUUAUGAUGAAGACCAAGAACCCGCCCAGAUACCCGAGGAUCUGUUUCCGCUGUCCGACUUGCGCAACCAGUCCACUCACUUCCCCGCUCCUCCAACACUUCCCGACCUCGACCCUUCAGACCCCAACUUCCUUGCGACUCUACAUGAGAAAUACUUUCCAGAACUGCCAGCUGAUCCGAGCAAGCUAGCAUGGAUGGCCCCCGUGCCUACAGAGGACAGCCCAGCAGAUCGUGAAUCAGCAUACUACCCCCAUCCUGAAAUUUCUGUGUCGGCGCUACGCUUCGACUUUAAGGGUCGCUUCCUCUCUCCACGAGUAAGCCGCAAGAUUCCGACUUCCAAGGGUCUACACCACCAUGGCCUGGCGCCGGAAGCUGCUGGAUACACAGUUGCCGAGCUAGCCAUCCUUGCACGCAGCGCCGUUCCUGCACAGCGAUGCAUGGCUUUUCAAACUCUGGGGCGAAUCAUGUACCGAUUGGGCAAAGGAGAAUGGGGCAAAUCCGAAGACGACCCGAUUGCCAUGGGUGUCUGGGCAGCUAUUAAGGAAGGACGUGUCAUUGAGGCGCUGAGUGCUGCAGCGUCGAUCGACGGUGGUCACCGUGGAAGCCAGGCCUAUGCCACCGAGGCGCUAUGGUUGUUUGAGAAGGGAGGGUGGAAAGACAAGAUUAAGGGGCGAUGAGACUGGGAAGAGAGAGAUAUUAAUUACCAUGCAGGAAACUCUAUUUGUAUAUAGCACAAUCAAACUAUUUUAUGACCUGUG